GAACUUGAGUUUACUGAGAAAGAGAGGGAAUCACUAUUCAAGGGUACUGUAUAUACAAUCUGGGUCAGCUGCAGCUGGUUACUGCAUUUCUCCAUGUGGCAGACAGAGCAAAGCCACAAUGCUUUCUCUGCCGGAUUAACGACAGCCCACAGACCAGAACUUCCACUAUACUACUUAAAAUUACAUAGGUGGCUUGUCAAAUUCAAUCGAUGAGUGUUGUAAGAAGAAAAAGAAGUUCGUUAUUACAGCUUGGAUUCAACGGUCCAAAACAAAAAUGCAAUUGCCAUUAAAGUCACAGAUGAACAAACUUCUACACUGAUUUUUAAAAGCGAGAAUAAGAGCACCAAGUUUCUGGGUCUGCUUUAUCAACAGAUGCAUAAAGACUUUAUACAACCUCAUUUCAAAAUGAAGGCUUUUAUUUGGACCCUAAGUGUGUUAUUCUUCCUACUAAUGGGCAUUGGACAUUGCAGAGGAGGACAGUUCAAAAUAAAAAAAAUAACCCAGAGGAGAUACCCUCGUGCCACAGAUGGUAAAGAGGAAGCAAAGAAAUGUUCAUACACAUUCCUGGUGCCUGAACAAAAAAUUACAGGGCCAAUUUGUGUCAAUACCAAAGGGCAAGAUGCAAGUACUAUUAAAGAUAUGAUCACCAGGAUGGACCUUGAAAACCUGAAGGAUGUGCUCUCCAGGCAGAAGCGGGAGAUAGAUGUCCUGCAGCUGGUGGUGGAUGUAGAUGGAAACAUUGUAAAUGAGGUAAAGCUGCUGAGAAAAGAAAGCCGGAACAUGAACUCCCGUGUUACUCAACUCUAUAUGCAGCUAUUACACGAGAUUAUCCGUAAGAGGGAUAAUUCACUUGAACUUUCCCAGUUGGAAAAUAAAAUCCUCAAUGUCACUACAGAAAUGUUGAAGAUGGCAACAAGGUACAGGGAACUAGAGGUGAAAUAUGCUUCCUUGACUGAUCUCGUCAAUAACCAGUCUGUGAUGAUCACUUUGCUGGAAGAACAGUGCUUGAAGAUAUUUUCCCGACAAGACCCCCAUGUGUCUCCUCCUCUUGUCCAGGUGGUGCCACAACAUAUUCCUAACAGUCAUCCGUAUACUCCUGGACUGCUGGGGGGUAAUGAGAUACAGAGGGAUCCAGGUUAUCCCAGGGAUUUAAUGCCACCACCUGAUCUGGGGACUUCUUCCACCAAAAGUCCUCUCAAGAUACCACCAGUAACGUUCAUCAAUGAAGGACCAUUCAAAGACUGUCAGCAUGCAAAAGAAGCUGGACAUUCAGUCAGUGGGAUUUAUAUGAUUAAACCUGAAAACAGCAAUGGACCAAUACAGUUAUGGUGUGAGAACAGUUUGGAUCCAGGGGGUUGGACUGUUAUUCAGAAAAGAACAGAUGGCUCUGUCAACUUCUUCAGAAACUGGGAAAAUUAUAAGAAAGGGUUUGGAAACAUUGAUGGAGAAUAUUGGCUUGGACUGGAAAAUAUCUAUAUGCUUAGCAAUCAAGAUAAUUAUAAGUUGUUGAUUGAAUUAGAAGACUGGAGUGAUAAAAAAGUCUAUGCAGAAUAUAGCAGCUUUCGCCUGGAACCUGAAAGUGAAUUCUUUAGACUACGUCUGGGAACUUACCAGGGAAAUGCAGGGGACUCUAUGAUGUGGCAUAAUGGUAAACAGUUCACCACACUGGACAGAGAUAAAGAUAUGUAUGCAGGAAACUGCGCCCACUUUCACAAAGGAGGAUGGUGGUACAACGCCUGUGCGCAUUCUAACCUAAACGGAGUGUGGUACAGAGGUGGCCAUUACAGAAGCAAAUACCAAGAUGGCAUAUUUUGGGCUGAAUACCGAGGCGGGUCGUACUCUUUGAGAGCAGUUCAGAUGAUGAUCAAGCCUAUUGACUGAAGAGAGAUCGCCUCCAACUUAAAUGACAGAGAGCUCUGCCCUUUUCAGUUCCUAAAAAUGUAAAUGUUACAUGUAUAUUGUUUUGCACAAUUCACUGCUACAGACACAGUUUUAAAUGAACUUACCAUAACUGUAAAAAGGGGAUUUAUGACUAUAGUUUCAUCUUUCCUCAAUAUACUGCAGAAGAUUAUCUGUACCCAUAAUCCUAUUUUUAAAAUUAUAUUGACUAAACAUAGGCAAAGUUUGUUUUAUAAAAUGUAAAUAUUUGCCACAGUAUAUAACAAAUCUUAGCUUUAUUUUAAAUCAAAAUUGAAUACAUGUUCAAGACAAUUUAUUUAAAAAUUUUAUAAGAUUGCUCUAACUUCCAAUAGAAAAAAUAAUUUUAAAAUUUCAGCCAAGUAAUACGUUUUAUUUAUAAAAAUAUAGACAGGAAAUUAGAGAAAACUCUAGUUUUGCCAAUAGAAAAUACAUUUUGCAUUGAAUAAAAGUUAUUUCAAAUUCAA